UCGAAAAGUUUGUUUCCUGGUAUGUUGUUCCUAACAGGGCUUCUGUGCUCGGACAAUCAUCCAGUAUGUUUAGCUUCUAGUUUAUAACUUGGAUGAUGUAGUUAUCAAAAAAUUUGCUUGCCAUAGGCCUCGCACUAAAUAACUUUAAUUCUAGAGUUGACCCAGGUUCGGGUAAAAAAAUCCAUCUAGGUAACUUAAUUCUAGUUCAGGCAAUUCAAAUUAUGUGGAAAUAUAUUCUCUUUGGGUUUGUGUUGAAUUUGCUUGCCAAGGCCUGAACCCACUCAUUAUAAAUGUGACUGCCUAAACAGCUCGUUUAUUGAUCACCCGAUAAAUCCAUAAAUAUUUGCAAUUUGUCCACUAUGAGACUAAACCCAACCCACCACUUUUUAGAUGAUGUGUCACCUUAUAUACCCGCCAAUUACUCCAAGGCCAUUCGGUCUCAAACUAAUUCUAUGUCAUCAUACUAGUCUUCCAUUUUGACCUCCUUCCACUUUGGUAUGCCAUGACUAAUAUAGGGCUAGUAUAGUCCCAAUUAAAAUUAUACUACGUGGGUCAAUGAAUUCCAUACCUCCUAUUGUUCCAUAUGUUCAAAAAGUUGCAGUAUAUAAUAACCCUUCCUUCCAUAAUCCCAAAUAAACCAUUAGUUAAUAGUAUCUCCCUUUGCAAACACAUACACAACAAUUAUGGGUAUGGUCUUUGGCAAAAUCAGGGUGGCAUCACCCAAAUUUCAAGUCCUCAACUCAACAGCCAACUAUGAAAUCCGUCAUUACCCGUCGUUAGUUGUUGCAGAGAUAACCUACGAUCCAGCCGAUCUAAAGGGAAACAAAGAUGGUGGGUUCUCCAUCUUAGCCAACUACAUUGGCGUAUUUGGCAAACCACAGAAUACCAAGCCAGAGAAGAUUGAUAUGACCACACCAGUGCUAACUAAAGCAGCGGAGAAGGUAGAUAUGACUACACCCGUCUUGACCAAGGGAAAUGGAGAAAAAGUAACAAUGCAGUUUACAUUGCCGGAGAAGUACAAGAAGGCAGAGGAAGCACCGGAACCGGUGGAUGAGAGGGUAGUAAUAAAGGAGGAAGGGGAAAAGAAGUAUGGGGUGGUGAGGUUUAAAGGGAUGGCAACUACAGAGGUGGUGGCGGAGAAGACGGACAAGUUGAAGAAGGAUCUUGAAAAGGAUGGAUUUAAGGUUUCGGGAGAACACGUGUUGGCAAGAUACAAUCCGCCAUGGACGUUGCCGCCGUUUAGGAUUAAUGAAGUUAUGAUUCCAGUGGAAUGAAAAAUGAAAGAUAUGUAGUUUUGUAUGUUCAAAGACUAAACUUGUUGCUGAUUGUAAUGCCAUACCAAUAUUAAAUCUUGAAAUUAGAUCAAGUAUAUGUUGUAAUUUAUUUUGAAAAUCAUAUACGUGAAAGAACAUCUUGGUUCA